UAAUCAGCUGAAGCAGCUCUUGUGCCACGCAAAAUUAUAAAUUAGUUAUUUUUUAAUUUUGGGCAUCUAUAAGCAAUUGAAAUAUAGGGCAUUGACCGAGGGUGCCCAGAUCCACAGGACGCAGACAGUAGGCAGCAUGUCGUGGCUAAACAACAGCCUGAACACCAUCAAAGGACAACUGACGAACUUGGCCCAGGAGGUGCUGGCCGACACAGCCGGACCCGGCGAUGAUGAGUACCGCGGACCCGAGCUAAACACUAAAACGGCCGUCGAGCUGCUAACGGAGACGCAAACGCUCAAGGAGCAGCUAGAAAAUGCAUGCGAGCACAAGGAUCAGGAGAUUGCCGCACUACGCAAACAGGUUGCCACACUGAAGAGCCAAAAGUUAAGCGAAGGCGGCGGCGACGCUGAUGGCGACACCAAAUCUUUGAAUUCCGGCGAGGCUCGAAAUGUGGAAGACAGCUGGUGCUGGGAGCCCGCUGGUUCCGCUGCCACGCCCACAACGGCAGCGGACAGCAAACAAGGCUCAUCGCAGGCUGGAAUGGUGGACGUGGCGCUGGUCGACACACCAGAUGUGUCUGGGCUGAACAGGAUAAUCGCGAAUCUGGAGCAAUCCAAUGAAGAGCUGCGCAACUCACUGGAAGUGCUUGACGCGCAGCAUGAGUUGGCCAUGCAGGAUGUGCUCGGCCAGAAGGCAGAGCUGCAGUCACAGCUAAUGGAGCUGAAGGAGCUACAGGCGGAACGUCUGGUGGCCCACGAGCUGGAGAUGGCGCGCCUGAAGGCACAGCUGGCCGAUGAGCAGAAGCAUCAUCAGGCCGUGGCAAUUGUCCAGGAGCAGCUGCAGCAGCGCGUCGAGCAACAGUCCGAGCAGCUGAAGCGCUGCCAGCUCGAGCUGGGCGAGAUGCAGCAGCUGCUGGACAAGCGCGGCAAUGACAAUAGCGAACUGAUCGAGCGUGUGCGUCAGGCUGAUGCCGAACGCGAGAAGCUGCAACUUGAGCUGGAGGAGCUGGUCAAACAGGCGAAGGAAAAGAAAACUUCCGAGUCGUCGAACAGCUCAUCGACGGGCGGAAAGCACAGCGAGGAUGAGUUUAUAGUCGUGCGCAAUACGGAUGCAACCGGUUCCAGUUCAGAUCCAGAUCCUGAUCCAGAUGCCGAUGUGGAUGGGGAUGCGAAUGCCACCAUGCCGCCAACCAAGGAGCAGCUGCGCAACAAGCUCGUCGCUUUGGAGUCUCGCAUCGGGGAGCUAAGCGCCGCCAAUGCCAAGCUGCAGGAUGCCGACUUGGAGCGACAGCUGGCGGAUGGUGUGCGAGUCGAGCAGGUGUCGGAGCUGGAGACGCGUCUGCGCAUAAGCGAGAGCGAAAAGGAGCAGCUGCAGCUGGAACUGCAGCGCAAGCUGCAACAGCUGAUGCUCCAGAAUCAGGAGCUCAAGCUGAACGCCGAGGCCGAUCAGGAGACACACGCCAAUGAUCUCGAGCAGCAGCUGGGCUCGCUGCGUGCCGAGAAUCGUCGUCUGCGCCAGGAGCUGGACGCGAACAUUGCCCAGGCCAAGUUUCGGCAGGCCAUUGCCGAGGAGAAGGAGGAGAUUACAGAUCUGGAUGUGGAACCGGAUGAAGCUGACAGCUCGCGGCACCUGUUCUCGAUCCUUGAAUCUCUGCUGGCUGACAAAUCCGACCAGGCCCUGACUCGCACAUAUCAAAUAAUUAACGAUCGCCUGAAGAGUGUGACCGGCACGGAGAGGCAGCUGUCGGAUCUGCGCAAGCAGCAGCUGAUGGUCGAGCACGACAAGAAGACGCUCGAGGCGGACAUCUCGCAGUAUGUGCUCCAGUGCGACGAGCUAAUGAAGAACAACGAGACGCUGCUCAACGAGCUGGACAAGCUGAAGCGCAACAAGCUGGAGACCAUCGAGGAGCAUCAUGAGGAGACAAUAGCGCAGCUCGAAUCGCAGCUGGAAGAACUCCAAUCGAUGCUGCAGCUCCAAGAGCACAAACUGGAGAUCGCACAGCUCGGCGGCGGCGGCGGCGGCGGCAAUCACCAGGAGCAGCUGGACGAAUUGAAAGCGCGUUUGGCACAUCAAUCCAAAGAGCUGGCCGACAAGCAGCACGAAAUCGAGCAGCUCUCAGCCCGUCUGGAUCAAAUAGAACUCACUCCGGAGGAUGGCUCACAACUGGAGCAGCUCGAACAGGAAUUGCGUACCAAGGAACAGCAAUUCGAGGUGAAGCAAGCGGCGCUCCAGGCCCAGCUGAAUGCCAAGCAGCAGCAGCUGCACGAGAGCACUGAGUUGUGCGAGAGGCUGGAGGCACAGCUGAAGCGGGUCGAGACGCAGCUGCGGCAGCUGAAAGAUGUGCCCGAACAGAGUAGCGAAAGCGAGCUGCUCAAAACGAAGCUGGAGGCGCGGGAGCAGGAGUUGGAGGAGCUGCGCGAACAAUUGCAAUUCAUGCGGCUGGAAUUGUUGGAGAUGGAGGAGAAUAUGCAACGUCAGUUAACGGACGCGACAGCGCUGCGCGCUGAGCUGGAGAAAAAGACGGAGCUGCUGCUGACCAGCGAAGAAGUUGCCGAGCAGUUGCGGUCACAGCUGGACAAGCUGCAGGCACUCUAUGCCCAGGCAAAGGAAGCCCUCAAGGAGAGUCAAUUGCAUGAUCAAUUGGCGUCCAAGGAGCAGCAGCAGCUACAGCAGUUGGGCGAGGAGCGCGACCAGCUCAGGCAGCAGCUGGCCGAGCUGCAGGACAACUCAGACAUGGAGCAGCUGACGACGCAGCUGCAGGCAAGGGCGGAGGAGCUGCAGCAGCUGAAGGAGAAUAGCGCUCAACUACAGCAGAGCAUCGAUACGUUGAACGGCGAGAAACAGGAGCUGAUCAAGGCGUUGCAGCAGAAGCAUGCGGAGAACACACAAUACUAUGCGGAAAUACAGAGACUGCAGCCGCUGGAACCGAAGCUGGCUGAGCUAAUCAAGGAGCGCGAGAAACUGUGCGAUCAGAUCAGCUUCUUGAAGGAGAAGUCCGACAUAUUAACCACAAAUCUGCUCACGGAGCAAACCAAUCAGCGCCUGCUCCAACAGCAACAGGCCGAUGCCCAGGAGCAACAGGCAAGUGUUCAGCGCGAUUUAGAGCGUCUGCGCGCCCAUCUCGUCGAGAUCGAGGAGCUGCACACGCAGGAGAGCGUUCAGCUGCAGCGCGAACUCGAUGAGGCCAGGGACAAGCAGGCCGCCCUACAGCAUGAGGUAUCCAAAUCCAGCAACGCCUACACUUCGGCCAGCAUCCGGGCUAACCAACAGGCGGAGACGUUGCAGGCACAGCACGUGCUGCUCUUGCAACAGCGCGACGAACUACUUGCCAAGCUGGGCCAACAUGAAGACCGAGAGCAACGACAACAGGCGGCCCUAACCAAUCUACAGUGCGCUCUGGAACAGUUCCAGAAUGACAAGGAGCAUGACAUUGCAACGGCUACGCAGCGGAUGCGCCGCGAAAUGCAGGCACAACUGGAGCAGCAGGCCCAGCUGAAGUCGGAGAUGAAUGUGUUGCAACAGCAAUUGGCCGAUGCCAAUCAGGGACUGCGUGCCGCGUCCCGGCUCUCCGAUCAGCUGGAGGCCGGGCAGCAAACCAUUGCCGUGCUCCGUGACGAAGUGGACAGCCUCAAGGAAGCCAAUCUCAAGCUGGAGCAGAGCCUCAGCAGCAGCGAGUCCAGCCAGACGGACAAGAUUGACAAGAGUCUCAUCAAGAGCCUGCUCAUCGGCUAUGUGGUUAGCGGGCAUGCGGGCGAUAAGCAGCAGGUGCUCCGCAUGAUAUCCACCCUGCUGGACUUUAGCGAUCAGGAGGCCAACAAGGUGGGCCUCAACAAGCCGCAGAGCAGCUGGCUGGGCAGCAUACUCGGCGGCGGUUCCUCCUCGACCAGCUCGGGCAAUGACAAUCUGCUGCAGGCUUUUGUCCAGUUUCUGGAACAGGAAUCACAGCCGCAAUCGACGGUGCAGUCGCGGCCCAAUCUGCUGAGCUUGGCCAAACAAACGGAGGCAACGGCUACAGCGUCCCCAGCAACGGGAGCAGGCGGAGAUGCAACAACAGCCGCAGCUGGAGCAACUUCAGCGGCAGCAGCAACAACGGCCACUGGCGAGCAAUUGAUGCAUGCCACGCCCCCUUCGCCGGCAAUGCCGCCAAUGCAAUCGGUGCACAUGAGCGGCAACGAAUUUGCGCCGACGCGGAACUCCAGCUCAAUAUUGAAGGAUAUUCUCAGCGACACUUGAUUGUUAUAGAAUAGCCUGGAACUGUGUCUUCUGCGUGUGAUGAUUGCCUUUAAUUAUUUUACCAUUUUUUUGUUUUUCGAUUAAAAUAAGUUCUGAUAAAAUUAAAUAGUUGUAUAUUAAAAAGUGCAAUUAAAGUACCAUUCGGUAGCACUAUGUAUAUCGUUUAUCCCAUGUACUCGUAUUUACUACUCCAAAUACACAUCUAUGAUUGUAUACUCUAUAUAUAUAACUAUAUAUACCCUUUCCCAAUAUUGUUAACACACCUUGUACGUGCAGCAAGCGCACCUGUAAAUAUGUAAUAUGCUACUUAUUUAUACAAAAUGCCAACGAAUUGGACACCAAUAGGGUAUCCUGUCGCCUGUCAUUGAUGCGCCUUAAUAGCAGCUCGCCAAACAGGAGCACAUAGAAUUAUAUAAACAAAAGCCGCAAAUAAAUAUAUAAAAUACAACAAA